AUGUCUCUCAACUUGGACGGUCAAAACGGCAAGGCCCCGGACCAGACCCCCGACCAGGGCUCCACCCGUACUCCCCGCGAGCGUCCUCUGGUUCAGGUCCAGCCUGCGCGCCUAGCUGACCUGCAGCCCAAGUAUGCGGCCCAGAUCGAUCAUCAGGACGACAACCCAGAUGCCCACGGCUGGUAUGCUUCUCUGAUUCACAACAUCGGACAAUGUAUCGGAUUCUGCGGCGCCAUCCCCUGCUGCGUCUGCUGCCCCAACCCCUUCAAGCCCGUGGACCAGGGCCAGGUCGGCCUGGUGACCAAGUUCGGUCGCUUCGAGCGCGCGGUUGACCCCGGUCUGGUGAAGGUCAACCCGCUCAGCGAGCACCUCACCACCGUGGACGUCAAGAUCCAGAUCGUCGAGGUGCCGCGCCAGACCUGCAUGACCAAGGACAAUGUCACUCUCACCCUGACCUCGGUCAUCUACUACGAGGUGGUGUCGCCGCACGUCGCGGCGUUCGGUAUCGCCAAUGCGCGCCAGGCCCUCAUCGAGCGCACCCAGACCACCCUGCGCCAUGUCGUCGGCGCGCGCGUGCUGCAGGACGUCAUCGAGCGUCGCGAGGAAAUCGCCCAGUCCACCUCGGAGAUCAUCGAGGAGGUCGCCGCCGGGUGGGGCGUGCAGGUCGAGUCCAUGCUGAUCAAGGACAUCAUCUUCAGCACCGACCUGCAGGACUCGCUGUCCAUGGCCGCGCAGUCCAAGCGUAUCGGUGAGAGCAAGGUCAUUGCCGCGCGCGCCGAGGUCGAGUCCGCCAAGUUGAUGCGCCAGGCUGCCGAUAUCCUGUCCUCGGCCCCGGCCAUGCAGAUCCGCUACCUGGAAGCAAUGCAAGCCAUGGCCAAAUCGGCCAACAGCAAAGUUAUCUUCCUCCCAGGAAUUAGCUCCAACAUGUCGGCGCAGCUGGCCGCCGCGGACAAUGCGGGCGAGGGGCCAAGCAAGUACGACCCAGAGCAGCAAGAUGAUGGAUUCCAGCGUGCGAUGAAUGCGCGCAUUGUCGAGGACAUUUAG